CACCCCAUCAUUGGUGUCAGUGGGAGGAAUAGCGCCCCAUCAUUGGUGUCAGUGGGAGGAACCGUGCCCUAUCAUUGGUGUCAGUGGGCGGAAUCGUGCCCAAUCAUUGGUGUCAGUGGGAGGAAUAGUGUCCCAACAUUGGUGUCAGUGGGAGGAAUAGUGUCCCAACAUUGGUGUCAGUGGGAGGAAUAGUGUCCCAACAUUGGUGUCAGUGGGAGGAAUAGUGUUCCAACAUUGGUGUCAGUGGGAGGAAUAGUGUCCCAUCAUUGCUGUCAGUGGGAGGAAUAGUGUCCCAACAUUGGUGUCAGUGGGAGGAAUAGCGCCCCAUCAUUGGUGUCAGUGGAAGGAAUCGUGCCCCAUCAUUGGUAUCAGUGGGAGGAAUAG